AUGGCAGGAAAAAGCAAGCCCAAGAAUGGCUGGGACCGCCUGCCAGGUGUCCUGGAUCCACAAGGAUGUGCCCGGUUUGAAUGCUUUGCGGCUCGAGAGGCCUAUGUUGACUUGGCAGAGGCCGCGAAAGAUGUCCUCAUAUUCAGCCGCCGUCCAGAACCCGAAGCUGCACACAACGGUCCAGGCGGGGCCGACGCCUGCGGCCAGGACCCCCAAAGUGCCAGCGCAGCAAAGGAGCGCCACAAGGACUUCCUGCGUCCCCCAAGCACAGAAAAAGUGAGGGCAAGCUCGGGAAGUCCGCGGGACGGGACGGGACAAGCCAAGGUGGCAGUCAGCAAUCUCUGGUCUGCCGCCCGUCUGGUCCACCUCAGCUUCCCGCAUCCUAGUGACAAAACCGUCAGUCCGGGAGGCGCGUGCUCUGCAAAGCUGCAACGCCUGCGGCCGGCGUGGGUCGCCGGAAAGCGCCCGAUCCGUCUCCACGACAACGACCCGGCCGCAUGUCGCCCAGCUUCAGAAGCUGACCGGACUGCGCUGCGAAGUUGUGCCACCUCCACUGCGUUCACCUUGGACCGUCACGACCGACUCCCACUUUUCAUGCAUCGCGACAACUUUUUGCGGGAAGAUGCUCCCCGCCCAGCAGGGGACCCCCGAGACUCCGCACAGCCCUUCCCGGUGCCUUCGCUGCCCAACGGCCACGCCAGACCGGGCAAGCCUCCAGGGAAACCUGACAGACAGCAAGCGGAUGAUCACAUGAGGGAGGCGAAAAGGCUGAAGCAGAAAGCGGAGUCCAUGACGGACAAGGUGGGAAAGGCGUUCAAGUACCUGGAGGCCGUCCUGGCCUUCAUCGAGUGCGGGGUCGCCAUGGAGUCCGACAGCCCCGCCUGCAGGGCGGCCUACUCCGUCUACGCGGACGCCGUGGACCUCAUUAAAUUCGUGAUGUCACUAAAGCCCUUCUCCGAGGCGACAUCGACACAGGAGAAAAUAUUUGCCGUUUUGUGCAUGCGUUGCCAGUCCAUCUUGAACAUGGCCAUGUUCCGCUGCAAAAAGGACAUAGCAAUAAAGUAUUCUCGAACCCUCAGCGACCACUUCGUGACUUCCUCCAGAGCGGCCCAGGCGCCUUCACCGUGCCUCGCAAGGAGCUCGGGCGCCCCGUCCCCGCGCUCGCCCGCCCCGUCCCAGGCCAGCGGGGCGCCGGGCAGCGCGCCGGCCGCCAUGCAGAGCGUGACGUCGCCCUACGUCAGCACGCCGGCCGCCAUCCAGAGCAUGACGUCGUCCUACGUCGCCAUCACGUCCCACGUCCUCGCCGCCUUCGACCUCUGGGAGCGCGCGGACGCCCUCACGCGCAGGGACGCAGACUUCUUCUCCCGGCUGAGCGCGAGCGCCUGCAGCCUGGCGCUGGGCAGCAGCCUGGCGGACCUGGUGCGCUACACCCGCCAGGGCUUCCAGCAGCUCCGGUAAGCCACCAGCCCCCGACCCGCCCGCCCACGCCUGGGGACCUUUUUUCUUUUUUUGACACAUCGGAAGCCUCGGCAGCAGUCCGGACGCCCGUGUCAUCGGAUGCCAAACUCCAGGAGAGACGAGCGCCACCAGCCGGCCAGGACACGGGUCCACCGACACUCCCAAGCACCAGGUGACCUUCGGGUGGACGUUGGGUCGCGCAGGUGCAGAGCAGAGGGCCCGAGAUGCUCUUGCCCUUCCCGACUAAAGGACCCAAGUGCAAUGUAGCCUGCAGGGCGUGCGAAUGGUCUAGAAACAUUUCUCUCUCCAUAUAUGUAUAUAUAUUUUUAUUUUUAUUUUUGGAAUGCAAGCUGAUAAAUGAAACGAGGAGAAGCGAUUUCAACCCAGAGCGACCCCGGUCACCGAAGCCAGGCCAUUCCCAGAAGGAAAUAUUUUUUAUACCAUGAUUUCGGGUGAAGGGUUUUAGGGUUUUUGUGGGUGAUGAUGAUGAUGAUGAUGAUGAUUUUUUCCUUUCAAGUUUUGGGGGAAAUGUUUUGUUGAACGAACUCUAACGGCCAAUCCGCAAACUGUCACGUUGUGAAGGACUCCACUGUCACCCACUGUCUGCCAAUGAACAGCGGCUUCGAGGACAACCAAGUAUUUUGUUGUCGCCUGUCGAAUCCAAGGCGACCCCCUUCUCUGUCCCCAGUUGCCUGAGUCCUGCGUUGUCACCCGGGCUCCUGUUGCACCUAACUGAGCUGGAAACUGGAAGGCAGCCCAGGUCGGAGCGGUGACAAAAGGAGCCACCAGCACGUUGGGGACACGUCGUGAUCUCCACUCCCGAGGGCUUCGCAGUGCCACGCCCAGCCCUGCUGCGGAGACGGGGACAGUUCUGAAUGUCCCACUUUUGGGGGGGAAGAAGGGAACCACCAUUCACACCCGACCAGGUGACACUCACGAGCUUUUGAGUGUGCAACCAGGGCUGGGGCUGGCGGUGCUGACAGUGGCCAACGAUCACUUGGUGACUCAGGCUGUCUGAGAGCAACUCUUGGGUUCUGUCAGGGGACAAGAAAAACGAAAUCUACUUCCUUAGAGAGGCUAUAUUUUUCUGCUACACAUUGUUUUAUAUUUAUAGCAAAAGGAGACUUUCAGGGUUCCUCGAUGGUCCAGGGGAAAUGAACCCCCCGAGGGGGUGCGGGGGUUUUGGGGUGGAUAAUUUAGACUUAAAAAAUUAACCCUCACCGCUUGCCUUCACUCCAGAGUGUUCUCCAGCAGCUCGACUGAUCGGGCUGAAGGAGAACCGUGGCCUUCCCUUAAGUUAUGCCCCUACUGUAUACAUGAAGCCAAGUCCACUUUGAAUGAGCUACCCAGGAAAGAACAUGCCAGAACUCCCAUGCCUGUCAG